CAUAUAUUCUGAAAUCACAGCAGAUAUAUUGAUACUUCUAUCAACUUGAUUUCAGAAAAUGCAUAAAUGUAGCCGACUGUUCUCUUUUUUUUGUAAGAUUGUUGUUUAUUCUUGUGUAACUCUGCAUCAAGUGUCUCAAAGGUUCAGGGGAAAUGAUGACCACAUUUUGUGCAUGCAGGAUCUGGAGAUGGGAUCGGCUGACGGCGGGGGGAGCAAACUCCACCCAGUAGAUAGGAUCUCUGGCAGGCGGAGCGGGGAGCAGCUUGCGCCGAAAGGGCUCGGGCUGGUUGGUCGGGACUCCUGACAAGUCCCGCAGAAAACUUCAGAGGGGCAAAGUCCAGCCAGAGUGUGAGGGAGACGGAGUGGAAGUUAAUGUGUGAGAGCGUGCUGCUGGGAACUAAAUCACAUGUCAGUCUAAAGAAAUGCUCCAAAGAUGGCGGUGGUAAUAUCGACGGGAGUUUCAGGUGCCUCCGGAGUGCAUAAAAGUGGAUUUUUGGAGGUUUUGGUGCGGGAGCGGUGGCACAAAGUUUUGGUCAACUUGAACGAGGAAGCGCUCACGUUAAGUUGCGAGGAGAGCUGCGUUAACGACAGCGUGGACGACAGUGUCAACUCCAACGGCGUUACCAACGGAUCUUACCUUGACAACAACAACGCCAACUCCAACAACGGCCCCCAAACUGUGCGCACCGCGUUCACGGACCUGCCGGAGAGAGUGCCCGAGGCGAUCGCCAACAGAAAGCGGUGCGUCAAGGUGGCCAAGCAGGAGAUCGGGGGACUAGGGAUCAGCAUCAAAGGAGGGAAGGAGAACAAAAUGCCCAUCCUCAUCAGUAAGAUUUUCAAGGGGCUCGCAGCGGACCAGACCCAGGCUCUGUACGUUGGGGACGCCAUCCUGUCCGUGAACGGCAUGAACCUGCGGGACGCGACGCACGACGAGGCUGUGCAGGCGCUGAAACGGGCCGGGAAAGAGGUGACACUGGAAGUGAAGUACAUGCGCGAGGCCACACCGUACGUCAAAAAGGGCUCCCCUGUGUCAGAGAUCGGCUGGGAAACCCCCCCUCCGGAGUCUCCCCGCCUCGGCAGCCCUCCCAUCUCCUCUUCUUCCCCAACUGACCCUCCGAGCUCCCCGACCCAGCCCUCCCUGUCCCUGCAGGGAGACAGGAGGUACAUACCACUCAAGAUGUGUUGCGUAACCCGAGCCAUGACCACACCAGACCCUGAGAACAGACAACUGGAGCUGCAUUCCCCCGACGCCAGACACACCGUGGUGCUGCGGUGCCCAGACCAACCAUCUGCCCUGUCCUGGUUCUCUGCCAUGCACUCUGUCACAUCCACACUGGCACAGCGGGCGCUGGCAGAGGUCAUCCAGAACACAGCCAGGACGGGGGUAGCUGGCAGCAAAGAGAUACGACACCUGGGAUGGCUGGCAGGGAAGACAGAGAGUGAGAAGCAGUGCUGGAAGCCGGUGCUGGUGGUGGUGACGGAGAAAGACCUGCUGCUGUAUGAGAGUGUACCGAGAGGCAAGGAGGCCUGGCAGAGCCCUGCACACACUUACCCACUUUUAGCAACACGUCUGGUCCAUUCUGGCCCUGAUCGGGGGUCGCCGCACUCUGGCACGGAGCUGUUCUUUGCAACUCGGACCGGCACGCGACUCGGCAUUGAGACUCACCUGUUCCGGGCCGAGACCACCAAGGAUCUGUCCCUGUGGACCCGACACAUAGUCAACGGGUGUCACGCCUCAGCGGAGAUGAUCAAAGAAGUCACGACGAGUUGUCUGUACCAGAGUCAGGAGUGCAGGCUGGUGAUUCACUAUGAACAGGGCUUCUCUGUGCUGGCUGACCCCAAACUAAGAGACGGGGAGAAUGAGGAGGAGAGACGAGCUCACACACCCACCAGGAGGCCCCAGGUGCUCCUCUCCUACCCGUACGAAAAACUAAAGAUGUCCUCGGAUGACGGAGUUCGAAUGCUCUACCUUGACUUUGGAGGGAAGGAGGGAGAGAUUCAACUGGACCUCCACUCGUGUCCGAAGCCGAUCGUCUUCAUCCUCCACUCCUUUCUCUCUGCAAAGAUUGCCCGCCUGGGUCUGGUGGCCUGACCUCUUUAAAGGGACAUCUCAUCUCCUUUGAAAACAGAAAUCCACCUUGUUUCUCUCCUCUCUGCAGCCCGCAUGCAGUAGUACACCAUGUCAAACUCGUUAAGUCGGGGACCCAAGCUGAGUGAAUGUAGCCUCCGGAAGUUUGACCUCAUUUUGGGUCUCCAAGUCAAAGAAACACUGGAGAAGUCAGUCCAGGUUGGUUUUACUUUGAGUGAAAUGGAUUUAAAAAAUAAAAAAUUGGGAUAAACCCUCCCUUUAAGGGCUGCAUGGACUGAAGUCUUGACUGAAGAACCACAGAAGAAAACAUGGACUGGACAAGAAACAGAGGGAUGAUAUAUAUACAGACAGAGGGACACAGAUUGGGCAUUACUGUCACGUCCAGGAUUAGAAGGGCUGGACUUGUACAGCAUGGUUGAGAUGAAUUCACUUUAAUUCAAUCAAAAUAUAAUAGCAAACUGCCUUCCAUUUACAAAUUAUAUCAUUUAUUCACCAUUAAGUCUGAAAGGACAUUCUGAUUUUCUCUCUGUCAUUUUUCUUCACCAAACACUUGACACACUGUGGAAAAACUUUAUGCAUUUGUCUUUGUUAGCGUCCACUGAAAUGUCUUGUUAGCCGUGUCAGCAUUCAUCAUUGGAACUGGCGGCUCAGUCGCCCCCGCAGUUUCUCACAAUGUGACAGCUGACUCAAAUUCAAAAUGUCACAGUAUUCUUUCAACAGGUUGCAUACUGUGAACAUCCAGUGGUCAAAGUAUUUCAGUGUUUGACUGAUUCAACAGUAAAUUGAAGUCAGUUCUAAUAGCUUCAAAUAUGAAAAAAAAAAAAAAUUGGCUUCAAUUAACAUGAAAUCUAAUACACACGCGCAUUAAGAUUUUUUUUUAUGGCACAUUUAAUUUCCAUGUAUUGUUUAACACUCAAAAAGAAUGUAAUAGCUUGCUAUGGCAAUUUGGAUAUCCAGGUGGCAUUUACUGUUGUGUUUCUGAUACAUGCAGCUUCUGUUUACACAGACAUACUACUGUAGUAUUACACAUGCAUGGAUGGUUAUGAUAAGGAUAAAGAUGUAUAUGUUUAAUUUAUCCUGAAUAGUACCAUAACCUAAUAAUAAGGUAAUAUUCAGAAUACUUUGGUUAACACAGUUUUACUAGAUGAUUUAAAGCAAUAGUUUGAUCUUUUAGGUAAAUACGCUUUUCACUUUGUCACUGAGAGUUAGAUUAGAUCCACGGCCAGUAGCCAGUUAGCUUAGCUUUGCUUAAUGACAAAAACAUCUAGCCAGUUAAACUACUUAUUUAGUGAGGUUUAGACAUCCAGGAAGGUGGAUAAAGUUUAAUCUAGCUUCUAAUCUAACUCUCAGCAAGACAGCAAAAGAGUAUUUCCUUUUUCUUUAAAGGGGUUUGCAGUCUGACACAAUGAUGCUGUUAACUCCAUCUGCUUUUAUUUCAGAGUAGACACUAAACUGGUUAUAUUUUAUGAUUGUUAGCAGGAUUUACAAACUGAAAGCCUUGAAAACACUCUAAAGAACGUUCUGUUUCUGUUGGCCUUGCAUGUUUAACUGACAAGCUGCAGUCAUGUUCUGCCCCAACAAGUAAAAACCCCCUAUGAGUAGGCCUACUUCUAUUAUUUAUAUUUUGAAAUCAAUCAAACCAUGCAAAAAUCACCUAAUCAAGGAUUAUCUGUCUUUAAAUUCUAGCAAGGUAGCCAUAAUAGGAGUCGUCAAUCCUGCUUUAGUCCAGCAGCAGCCAGUGCAGGUCUCUUGUUUUGAAAGUAUUUAUUUAUUUUGGAUUGUUAUGCAGCUGAUCAAAUCUGUAAUCUGCACUGUCUCUGACAUGUCUGGCUGCCGGGUCUGUCCUCGUGCCUUCGGAUGACUGAGAAGAAGACAUUUGAAUUAUGAAAGAAAAUAAUGGCAGAGAUCACAGGAUGGAGCAACAAUGUGACUUCUAUUAUGACUACUUUCCUUUUGGUUCAAAGCACAAAUACGCUCAACCAGCAAUCAUUUUCUGUUUGCUCUCAUCUUCAUUUUGAAUUUCUAACGAUCAUUUACACACAAACAUACACACACUGUGAACAAUGAUUUACACAUUGUAAUCCCAACACUCUUCAGAAGAAUUAUCAUCUGUUUUAUUGAUACUAGAAGAUAGUGAAGGCAUUGUAACACUUGUUCAGUCAAGAAGCCAGCACUUACUGAUAACCUCAAGUGGAGGAGAAGCUCUUUGAGUAAAAGCUGCUUUGAUAUGUAGAAUACUCUUGAUGCCUUCGGCAGCUACUGUACUGUCACUCAGAAUGAUAAA